UUUAUCAUCAGCAUAUGCAUGUCUUACAGUAUGUCUUGUGCUGGACAAGAGGUCCUCACAGACAACUAAAGGUUAGAGUCUCUCAAAUUAAUGGCAAGAAAAGGCUGAAAGCAGCAAUGUCUAACAAGAAAGAGGGUUGUGACAGUUUGCUGCAGCGAGAAUUUUACAGAGUGUUGAUGUCUCUUACUAGAGCUGAUUUUCAGGAUGUUUUGUCUGAUCUUGUUGACUUUUGUCAGACAAUUGGUGAUCUGUCUCCUAUUGUGUUGUAUAUGCACACAUAUCCUGGCAGUCUUUCUGGUGUUGCCAAUAUUCCUAGCAAUGUGUUGGAAGCUCUUUCUACUAGUUCAUCUUUACACUCUAUGCUAAUAGCAUUUGCUGUGCAGUGGACACCCAAAACUAAUUUUAUAACUAUUGAACUACCAAGUUCAACUGUACAAGAAUUUCUCAUUAAUCUUAUAAGUAAUAUGUCAGCUCAUACUCUCCACAGAUCGGCUUCUACAACUCUUUCUCUAUUGACCCACUUGGCAUUGACCUUGCAAAUUAAUUUCGGGCUAGAUAAAGUCUUUGCAUUUACUUUCUAUCUAACACUGUUGGAAAGAUUAGUAGAGAGACUAGUGAAGAGUGCCGAAGAUGAGCAAUGUGUAUUGCAAGUUAUGGAAGCAUUGCUGGGGAAUGAGGCUAUCACUGGUAUCAUCUCGCUCGAUACCACAUCUGAGACCAAAGCAAGCGAUAAACAUCAAAGUGCCAAUACAACUGCUAACAUUCAAUUGAGUAAACUUCAAAUUGCUCUCGCAUCCAGCUUUGCUAACAUUUUAGAAGUGACAAAGCCUGUUUACACCGGCAAGACAAUGGUGGAAGACAGAGCUCAACAGGUAGCCAGAACUCUUACAGAUAUGUUAACGAAAUGGCAUUGGAAAGACAACAGAACAAGUCUAAUGUCUCGACUCACUCAACACGUUGGCGAACAAUACAUUUAUUCACUCACAGAUCGGUUAUUGCAAGGACGUUUGAAGAGUGUUUGUGUGGAUGCAACGGAUCAUGUGGACUCAGAUUGUUUGUUAAGUUUGCUGUCAACUAGUCGAAGUCCAUUGUCAGCUGUUGAGUUCAGGACUUUCUUGAAACUUGUAGUUACAAGACCAUAUGAGCAGGAAUGCAAAGCUGCUCAAACUUUGCAGAGUUUUGUUGAGGGUUGUAACAACACGAACACGACAUCAAUUGACUAUUCGCUACUUGUGGACAAGAAAUCGUUUGAUGUGUUGUUGAAGUGUUGUGGAAACGCUGCUGUUGGUCAACUUUGUGCCAUGCUUGUUCGCUGUAAUCCAGUAUUAGGACAUCAGUUUGGUGAAUGGUGCUGCAUAAUGCUGUCAAGAACCAGUGGAUCUAGUGACACACUCUUGCUACAGAGUAAACGUCAAUUGAUUGAGACAAACAGAUUGGAUAUUUUUCCAGUAAUCUCUGCUUUCUUUCAACGAAAAUAUUGUUCUUGGCACAUUGAAGGCAAACACAACCAAAAAGCAAAGCAACUGUUAAUUAAACACUAUUGGCCAAUUAUCUCAGAAGAGUUGUGUCAUUCAUCUUGUGAUAAAACCCAGAACUUGUGCUGUCAGUUGUUGUCGGUUAUGUUACCGUUUAUGCAAACAAGAUCUAAACACAUCAAGAAACAAUUUGAGCUGCUCGAGAAUCUAUGCUAUUGUAUGCAUUCUCGGUGUGCUGUAAAGUCUGCUGAAAUGUUGGCAGCAAGCUUAGUAGACUUGUCUCACUGGAAUGGUGCAGUUACAUUUGUGGUUACUUGUAUGAAGCUCCUUACACACUGUUGGAAUGAUGACAUGACUCACUCAUGUAGUGUUCUGGACGAAACUAAAUUGGUUGAUAUUUUGACAACAUGGAGCGACAAGCUCUUGCAAGCAAGUAGUCAAGGUCUGGUGACAAUUAUUGAGAGUCUAGCAUCAGCAUGGGCUGACUUUGUACACUCAUCUUUGAGGGAAAGGUUUGGUAGUGCAGGAGUAUUGAGACUCUUGUCUUCAUUUGUGCGAUUGCUGUAUGGUGAUCACAACAGUGGUCAAAUGGUUGAUGGUAUUUCUCUUUCUUCAUUAUAUAAACGUUUCAUCACCGACUCCCGGCUUUUUUCAAUAUUACUGAGAAAGGCUGAUGUCGAUGUAACAGAGGGAAGCAGAGAGUCUCUGAUAGAAUUGAUCUACAAUAUUGCUGAAGUUUGUCCCACUACUCAAUCAACCGAAACAGCUUUGCUUUGCCUGGUUGCGUAUUCACCACAUCUUACAUACCACAACAUAUUGCUUUUGAAGUUGAUGACUGAUUGUGAGAAACAAGGAGCCAAUCUACAGACUGCAAGCCCUUAUCUGUGGGGUGAGAGAGCACUGGAAUUGGUCAACCUCCAACGCCAGGGUGCCACUUCUCUCUACACCAAACCGGGUCCUCAGGAAGUUCUAGAGCUGUUCAGUUCAUCUACACUCGUCCAGUCUGCAUUGAAAUUUCCCAUCCAAAGAAUUUUGAACCUUUCUCAGGGUAGUAGUGUGACAGAUGAUCUUAUGCCUCAUUUGUAUGAUCCUUGCUUCUUGCUGCCGUUGUUCAGUCACAUGCUUCAGCCAGGAUACCAGGUACCAUGCCGAAAGUUUGCUGAUCAGGGUGCUCUUGCAUUUGUCUUGACUUCUCUCGCUUCUGUUGAUGCCGGCAUGCGAGCAGCUGGCUAUCAUGUGCUGUCGGAGUACUCCAGCCAUUUGGAGGGAGACCAGUUCAGAGAAAAAGCACAGGUUCAGCACCUUCUGUUAUCACUGGCCAACGCAGUGUCCGAACCGAAUAUGAGGAUUCCAUUCAUCACUGCGUGCUUUUUAGCUAAAGCGUCUCAGAUAAUCCUCAAACCAGAACAUCCGAUUUACGGUCAUGUCAACAAAGCCCUUCUUCGCCGUCCAACUUUCAGUCUUUUCAACAUUCCCGAAUUUUACGAAUUAUUCAACAGUAGCAGUUUGGAGCACAAGACAGAACGAAAAUGGAUGCUGCAGCUGCUGUGCGACGGAUUGAGAGAUGAGAAUGACUAUCGCAUCUACUGUAAGCGUCACGUACUGGAGCUUGCCAUGAGCUUUCACAACUCACCUCUAAGCGAUGGAGCAUCACAAGAUGCCAUACUCGAGCUAGUGAAAACAGCAUGCAGUCUUAGGAAGGCCGCCAUCGACUUGUGUCGAAAACAUGGCCUGUUGUCUUGGUGUCACGGCAUCAUGUUGUGCAGAGACCAGCAACUGCACAAAGUAGGGAAAGUGAUAUCAAUCAUGUUGCGUCUUGUCUCGACAUUCAAGACUACUGGAAGCUUUGUGGUCUCGUCCCUCCAAGAAAUUGUGUGGGUGUGUACCACCGUACUUGGAUUACUCAGCUAUAAAAUACCAUUGUUUGAGAGAUUUCUAUCUGAACUAUUGGAUGUUUUGAAUACAGUCAUCAGUCUAAUGGAAAGCACUGAGAUCACUUUGCCAUCGCAUCUAGUAGAGCGACUCAUCGAUAAAGGAUUGCUAGUCUUGAGUGCCCGUCAGCUUCAUGACAAUACAGCAGAUCAAAUAGAAAGUCAACCAUGUGUAUUAGUGGGUCGCGUGAUUUCACUUUCGUUGUGUUGGAAGCAACUGGAUUGGUCUGUGAUAUCAAGGAUUUUAGACCUUUUCAAGAACUUGUGUCAGAGCGUGCCUUCAAAGUCACAGACAUCACUGUCUUACCAGAUAGCAUGCUGGCUGUCACAACUGUUGGAAGACAACACACGGCUACACGACUUUGUACUUCAAGAAGAAGACAGCAACACCGUAAAUACAGUACAAGACUUUGUUCUUGUAGCUCAACAACAAGGACUUCAAGGCCUGCUAGAUAGAGCAACUUAUCUACUGCAACUAUUGACACAGCGCUUGCUCAACGAGGACCUGAAUGAUGACGUGCUGUCCUCAAAGUGUCAUCGAGUCAAAUUACUAGCAAAAUCGUCUUGCUAUAAGGCAUUCCUUGAAGACAUUUUUAUCAGUCUGAAAGAUUCGAGCGAGUCUACUGCGAUGAUUUUGCGUCUUCUGUGGUCGGAAACAGAUCCCGAAUAUGUAACAGAGUUCUUACAGAGUGAGAAGUCUUAGUGUCAUGUUAGUCAUACACGCAUACAACAAAGCACUUGUCAUACUGUGUCAUUGCUGUCAACUAGUAACGCCUAAAAGGUCCGCGUCGUGGGUCUAUGGCAACAUCAAUGAAGUCACCAAUUUGAAAGCCCACAUUACCCAGUGUCACACUGUCCUCUGCCGAUUUCCUUCCUGCGCAUGUCGUACCGAUUUCUUUUACACGAAAUCCUCCCCGCCUUGUGUCAGGAAACACUGUAGCAUAAGAGAAGGUUGUGAAGCGGCUUCUUGCAUCAGCCUUCACCUCCUUUAUGAGAGU